UCCACAGGUAAUUAGUGUUUAUUGAUGUUGUUACUAGGAUUGAUUUGCUUUAAUUUGAAAAAUUCUACCGUAUAAAUGUAACUUUUGUUCUUUUAUGUUACAUCAAAAACAAGUCCCCGUUGAUCGAAAAAACAAGUCCAUGUACGUUUCUAACUUCAGAGGAAGAAGUGAUGGUGAAGUUCAUAUUUGAUGAGAAUUGCAUACAAGGGGAAUCUGUCAUUGAAAUGGGGCUUCAUUUUACGAAAUCGGUUGAAAUUGGUACUCGUCAGUAUAUGUGUUGUCUGAAACCCUAUGCCUGGAUAUGUACUACCGUCAUAAACCUGAUAGUUAUUCAAUUGACAAAUAAACAAAGGACGAAGUACCCGGAUGGGAGGCAUAGGAAUUGGUAUAUAUCGGAAUAUGCCUCGCAAAUGAUCAUUAAGAAUGAGGAAUACGAGGGAAACAAUAAACGUGUAGCAGACUUAUUCUUCAAAAAUAUAGGAUACACCGGACCAAUUGAUGCUUGUGAAGAGAUUUAUAUACCGUUCAACCACAACAAAGAUCAUUGGUUGUGCUUGAAGAUUGAUAUGGUGCAACAUGCAGCCUAUCUAUUCGACUCGAAGCCGUCUCGAAGGUUUGGUGAAGACAGGAAAAAAAUCGGUGAACUACUGCUUGAAAACAUGCAUGAGGUAUUGAAGCAUGCGUACGGGUCAGAUUAUGUCCAAGAUGUGAGCCUAUUUAAGGUGGACUGGCUCUCAGAACAACCUUUGCAAUUUGAUGAAGAUAAUUAUGACUGUGGGUUGUUUGUUCUAAAAUACAUGCAGAGCGCACCGUUGUUGCCUGGUUACCAAAAGUUCGAUCCAAUUGAAAGGCGCAGGUUGCUGGUAGACUUGUUGAAAGAUGUGAAUAAUAGACGUUAUUUGGAGUUUAGAAUUCAGUUUGACAUGUAUAACAUGAGGGAUAGUAGAAUAAAGGCUAUACUUCAGGGUGACAAGGCUAGUAUGACUGGCAUUGAGGCUAAAAAGUGUGUUCCUCGUCGCAAGAGUGGUAAAAAGUAGGGGUUGAGAAUGCUCUUCAUCAAGCGAUUUUCAUUUCGGAUAACAUCGAC